AUGUCUUUGAAUGAUUUUCAGACUGCAUCUAAUCUUCUCCAGCAAGAAGUUUCCUCUGCUGUUAUCCCAAUAUUACUGCAAAAUGCUGAUGCAAGUGGUAUGAUUGUUCAUCUGUGGCAUGUUAAUCCCAACAUAUUGUUGCGGGGUCUUGUAGAUGCGAUGAGCCCUGAACCAAAAAACAUGAGCAGAUUUUUGGCUGCCUGUCAAGAGAUAAAGUUUGGGAUUACUAUUCUAUCACCAAUACUAGAUAUGAUUCCAUAUCCAUUUGGUGUUAGAUUUGCUGUCCUUGCUUCCUGCAAAGGACUCAUAGAUUUGGAGAAAUGGUUGAGCAGUCACUUGAACACAUAUAAAGAUGCAUUCUAUGAGGAAUGCAUUAAGUUCUUGAAGGAGGUGCAUCUUGCUGCUCAAGUUGUUACUUCCAACCACUUCUGUUCUCCCAAUGCUCUUAGGACUAUUUAUUUGGAAACUUCUUCAACAUUCUUAAAGGUCCUCCAGUCUCAUUCUGGCCUAGUUUCUUCACCCCACUUAUCUGUGGAAAUGGAUAAGUUGCACGUAACAUACAUGAGAACUAAUUCACGGUUUAAGAGUUCUGGUUCUGCUGAUUUGUCAUCAUCUGAUUAUUAUUCUGAAGAUAUUGAAGCAGAAGCAAACUUGUACUUCCAUCAACUUUUCUCUGGUCAGGUGACUAAUGAUACAAUGAUUCGAAUGCUUGCUCAUUUGAAAGAAUCGACUGAAAAGAGGGAACAAGCAAUUUUCCGCUGCAUGAUCGUUAAGCUGUUAACUGAAUCUUUUGCCAAGUACCCUGUGAGGCAACUCCAAAUGUCUGCUGUACUCUUUGGAUCACUUAUUAAGAAUCAUCUCAUAACUGAUCAUACGCUUGGGAUCGCUUUGCUAGCCGUCUUGGAUGCAUUGCACGAGUGUCUUUUUUCAAAUAUGUUUGUUUUUGGUAUUGGGGCACUGGCACAAUUUGUUGACCGUCUGAUUGAAUGGCCUUAUUACGGCAGCCUUAUCGUGAAAAUAUGGCUUCCGCGUGAAAUGCAUUCAGAUUUGGUUGAGCAGGCUCUUGCCAGGACUUCACAGGCACAUGCAGGCCAUUGUCCUGCUGUAGACGAAGUACAUCAAGCAGAAGCAAGCUUGUAUUUCAAUCAGUUGUUCUCUGGUCAGCUGACUAAUGAUGAAAUGAUUGGAAUGCUUGCUCACUUUAAAGAAUCAACUGAUAACAGGGAACGAGCAAUUUUUAGUUGCAUGAUUGUUUUGCUGUUCCGUGAAUUCAAACUGUUCGCCCAUUUCUCAAAGAGGCUACUCAAAAUUUAUGCUGUUUUUAUAGGGUCUCUUAUCAAGAAUCAACUUCUAAUUAAUCAUACUCUUGAUAUUGCUUUGCAAAAUGUCUUGGAUUCAUUGCGUGAGCCUGCUGAUUCAAAGAUGUUUUAUUUAGGUAUUAGGGUGUUGGCGCAGUUUGUUGACCGUAUGAUUGAAUGGCCACAAUACUGCAAUCGGAUCGUGCAAGUAUCUCAUGUACGUUCAAGUCAUCCAGAGCUUGUUGCAUUUGUUGAGCGUGGACUUUCAAGAGUUUCACAGGCACAUGCAAGUCAGAGUUCUGCUGCUGAUGGUUAUUAUGCUAAUGAUAUUGAAGCAGAAGCAACCUUGCACUUCCAGCAAAUGUUCUCUGGUCAGCUGACUAGUGAUGCAGUGAUUCAAAUGCUUGCUCAAUUCAAAGGAUCAACAGAUAAUAGGCAACAAGCAAUUUUCCAGUGCAUGAUUGUUAAGCUUUGUAGAGAAUACAAAAUUUAUGCCAUGUACCCAGAAAAGCAACUGAAAAUUGCUGCUGCUUUCUUAGAGUCGCUUACUAAGAAUAAGCUCAUAACUCAUCCUACGGUUUGGAAAAUUUGUAAUCAAGCUUUGCGAGCUGUCUUGGAUGAAUUGCAUGAGGUUGAUGCUGAUUCAAAAAUGUCUGUCCCUGGGACUGUAAAGUUUGAUCGAAGGACCUAAGGUGGACUCGAAGCAUAUAUGUUUGAACCACUGACUUCAAGAUAUUCGAUUCAUCUAUGAAUUUCAUAUCUUGUGAAUAGUUUAAUUUGCUAGAAUUCCUAAGUGGUGCAUUUAGAAUUAGGGGUUGGCAUCAACUUCUGAUGGCUAUUGAAAUGAAAUAGAAUUCAUCUCUUUGCUCUUUUUGGAAAAUCAAUAGCUUAAAUUAUCUAUCAUCUUUCCUCUCUGAAUACUUGCAAAUCAUUUGGUCAUAACUUCUUAUG